AUGGGCUACAAAGAAGCUUUCGCCAACACGUUUUUGACGGACGUGUUGGAAUAUGCAGGACUGAUCCAAAUAGACUCAAACUUCGUCCAGCAGACCCACGCGUCCGCGUCGUCUGCAGUGUCAAAAAAACGCAAGUGCUCGCUAGAAUGCGAUCCCGAAGCCGGCUCAGAAGUGGACGUCGCGGACAAUGCAAACUCCGAAGUCGGCUUUGAAGUCGGCUCCGAAGUCGGCUCGGCCGAAGAAGUUGACCCCUUCCUCGUCGACUGGAACGGUGACUCAGACCCGGAAAACCCGCUCAACUGGUCCAGCCGCAAGAGGGCGUUUGUCGUGGCCCAGACAAUGCUACUGACGUGUACCACCUACAUGGGCGCGUCCAUCUACACGCCAGGACAACAACAGAUACAAGAACAGUUCCACGUCGGCCAUGUGGUAGGAACGCUCAAUCUCUCGCUGUAUGUUUUCGGUUACGGACUCGGCCCCAUUGUGUUCUCACCUCUGUCAGAAGUCACCAAAAUCGGGCGCCAGCCUCUGUACAUCGUGACUCUGUUUCUGUUUAUGAUCUUCCAGGCCGGAGCCGCCACGGUCAACAACAUGGGCGGCUUGGCCGUAAUCCGUUUUAUCUCCGGUGUGCUGUGCUCGCCAUCUCUUGCCACAGGCGGAGCUACCAUGGGUGACAUAAUCAGCCCGGAAAAGGUGCCAGUGAUCCUUGGCCUUUGGGCCGUGGGCGCUGUCGCCGCGCCCGUCAUCGCACCGCUGCUGGGCGCGGCUAUGGUGGUGGCUAAGGACUGGCGGUGGGUGUUCUGGCUACUAAUGAUCAUCAGCGCUUUCACUCUGGUGCUGUUGGUGGCCUUUUUCCCAGAGACUCAACACAACAAUAUCCUGCAUCGCCGUGCCAAGCGUCUGCGCAAGCAGACCGGCGACAACCGUUACUAUACUCGGCAAGAACGUGCCGAUUUAAAGAUCGACAUUCGUGCGUUUUUGAAAGAGCUGUUUGUGCGGCCCUUUUUGGUGAUGAUCAUGGAACCAGCGGUCCUGGCGUUCGAUCUGUACAUCUCCCUGUGCUACGGCGCUUUCUACCUGUUUUUCGAAGCGUUCCCCAUCGUGUUCAUCGGAAUCUACAAAUUCACCCUGGUCGAGAUGGGCCUCGCUUACAUGGGCUUCUGCGUGGGCUGUGUGGUUGCAUACACCUUGCUGAUACUGUUUCUGUCGAUUUACAUCACACCCAAGUUCAAAAACGGCACUUUUCAACCCGAGCACUUUUUGGUGCUGGCCAUGAUCGUGUGCUGGUCGUUGCCGUUUUCGCUGUUUCUGUUUGGAUGGACCGCACGCGUGCACUGGAUCUUGCCCAUCAUCUCGGAGAUUUUCUUCGUUUUGAACGUGUUCAAUCUGUUCCAGUCGUCGUUUGCUUACUUGGCCAUCUGCUACCCACGCUAUCUAGCGUCUGUGUUCGCCAGUAACGGAUUAUGUCGGGCCGUAUUUGCGUGCGUGUUUCCACUAUUUGGCCAGGCAAUGUACAAAAAUCUCGGCAGCGAGAAGUAUCCCGUCGGAUGGGGAUCGUCGCUGGUUGGGUUUUUCUGCAUUGGCCUCGCAGCCAUUCCGUUCGUGUUCUACAAGUACGGCCCCACCAUGCGCGGGAAGUCGCGCUACGCCAACUAA